GGAAUCCAUAUAAACACUAAAAUGGCAGCUGUCAUUAAUACUCAUUGGACCCAACUACCCAUUCCCCGGCUGGUAAUACAAACAGUAGAUGAUGAGAUGGGACAGAUGGAGAAUGGAGAAAGAAGGGACCAGCCUUUUCCUGAUGACAUUAGAAAUAUUAACAACAGCAAUAACAAUGAUGAGGAGCAAGAAAAGAAGAAAGAAUCCAAAAAGAAUAAAAAAGAAAAAAAAGGCAAAUCUGAUGGCAAGAAAGGUGAAAAGAAAGAUAAAGAAAAGAAAAAAGAUAAGAAUAAAGAAAAGGACAAAGGGAAGCAGAAAAAGAAAGAAGACGAGAAAAAGGACGAGAAAAAGGACGAGAAAAAGGAAGCAUUCAUCUUGGACCCAGCGGGAAACAUGUACUACAACUGGCUCUUCGUAAUCACAAUGCCUGUGAUGUACAACUGGACCAUGAUUAUAGCUAGAGCCUGCUUUGAAGAAUUGCAGGAAGAUUACCUGACAUAUUGGUUUGCAUUUGAUUAUGUAUCGGACGUUAUUUACAUUCUUGAUAUGUUUUUAAGGACACGAACAGGUUAUCUGGAACAAGGACUAUUGAUUACCGAUGAAAAGAAACUCAGAGAAAGAUACUUGAAGACAUUGCAAUUCAAACUAGAUGUUGUAUCAAUGAUACCAACUGAUGUCCUAUACCUAAUCGUUGGAAUGAGUUAUCCAGAGAUUAGAUUAAACAAGUUGUUGCGGAUUAAUCGAUUGUUUGAGUUCUUUUCAAGAACAGAAACGCGGACAAACUAUCCAAACAUGUUCAGGAUCUCCAACCUUGUCAUGUACAUAUGCAUCAUUAUCCACUGGAAUGCUUGUGUGUAUUUUUCAAUUUCCAAAGUAAUAGGUUUUGGAGCAGACACAUGGGUGUAUCCAAAUAUCUCUCUUCCAGAAUUUUCUCGGCUUGCUAGAAAGUAUGUUUACAGCCUCUAUUGGUCAACGCUGACAUUAACCACCAUUGGAGAAACACCUCCUCCUGUCCAGGAUUCUGAAUACAUCUUUGUGGUCGCUGAUUUCUUGAUUGGAGUGUUGAUUUUUGCCACCAUUGUCGGUAAUGUUGGCUCCAUGAUUUCUAACAUGAAUGCAGCUCGUGCAGAGUUUCAGUCAAGGAUCGAUGCUAUCAAACAGUACAUGCACUUCCGAAAAGUGAGCAAGGAUUUGGAGAAAAGAGUUAUCAAGUGGUUUGACUACCUGUGGACAAACAAAAAAGCUGUAGAUGAAAGAGAAGUUUUGAAGUAUCUUCCUGACAAGCUCAGAGCAGAGAUUGCCAUCAAUGUCCAUCUGGAUACACUGAAGAAAGUCCGUAUCUUUGCAGAUUGUGAAGCUGGUCUGCUGAUAGAGUUGGUGUUGAAGCUAAGGCCCCAAGUGUACAGCCCUGGAGAUUAUAUCUGCCGCAAAGGAGACAUUGGUAGAGAAAUGUACAUCAUCAAAGAAGGAAAACUUGCUGUUGUUGCUGAUGAUGGAAUUACACAAUUUGUGGUCCUGAGUGAUGGCAGCUACUUUGGUGAAAUUAGUAUUCUGAAUAUCAAAGGCAGUAAAGCUGGGAACAGAAGAACUGCAAACAUUAAGAGCAUAGGCUACUCGGAUUUGUUUUGUCUCUCCAAGGAUGAUCUCAUGGAAGCCCUGACUGAAUACCCCGAUGCAAAAGCAAUGCUUGAGGAAAAAGGAAAACAAAUUCUACUGAAGGAUGGUCUCCUUGAUCUAGACAUUGCCAAACUUGGCGCUGACCCUAAGGACUUGGAGGAGAAAGUAUUCAGAAUGGAUGGCGCAAUAGACAAUUUGCAAACUAAAUUUGCAAGACUCCUGGCAGAGUAUGAUGCUACACAGCAGAAGAUAAAAGAAAGAGUGACAAGGAUUGAGAAAAAAAUGAGAUCGUCAGGGGUGGAACCUGAUGUUUCAGAAUUCGUAGAGUGA